AUAUGUGAUUCAUGGAUGGUGCAUUUCUCCUUUGUGUGGUAAUGUAUUAGCAGUAUAAUAGUUGGGAUGCUUUUAAAAUGUAUAGAUUCGGAUUCUUUGUUCAAAUAUAUUUAUACCAAAAAUCAGUUACUUGGGUUAUGGUGACUCGAAUUCUUGGUUCAAAUAUAUGUCAGUUGAUUUUUGCAGAUUUAUUCCAUUUGAGUUUGGUCCACAUUCUAGCAGCAUUCCAAAAGAUUUUUUGAGCAAUGGGAAUCUUUUAAUUUCUUGCAUUGAUUCUGAUUAUUGGUACAAGUAUGAUGCCCCGAAUAAGAGGCUUGAAUACUAUUACAACUUAGUCCCUUAGGCUUUAUUUUCCUCAGGCUUUGUUUCACAUUCUGUUGUGUAUGUUUUUCUGUUUUACUUAUUGUUUCAGUUCUGUUUCAGUCUGUUUGUUUUUCUCGUUCUGUUUCUUGCUUUCUCCUCUCUAUAAAUACCUUAGCUGGUUCCUUUGUAAUUAGACAGUUUUUUUCACUCAGAUAAUAAAGCUUUGUUUUCAUUUCUCUUUCAAUCCUUCGUAUUAUGGUAUCAGAGAGGGACCCUUGGUGCUCUCUAACUUAGUUCAAUCCUGCUCUUCGUGCUUCCCCCUCCUCCGUCGUAGCAGCGUUCAUCCUCUCGGCUCCGGCGUUUGUCGACGAGCUUGUUCUUUCGUUUUUCCCUUGGUUCUCCUUCCUCCUCCUUGUUUCGUUUUCUUUUCUUGCGAUGUCUGAUUCUUCCAAGACCGGUGGCCACGAUUCAUCUCCGUCGACUACAACUCCAACUGGUGUUACUGGAGACGAUAACCCUCCUGCCAUCCAGAACUCAUAUACAGCAAAAUACUCCAUUGACGAUCCUUCCGACCCGUACUACCUUCACCAUGCCGAUAACCCAGGCAAUGUGCUCGUUUCUAAGCUUCUCACAGGUCAGGACAAUUAUACCGCCUGGAGUAGAGCCAUGAUGCUGUCGAUUUCAGUCAAGAACAAACUUGGCUUUCUAGACGGGUCCAUAUCUAAACCCUCUUCUUCUGAUUCACUAUUAUAUAAUGCCUGGCUUAGAAAUAACAAUAUGGUUAUUUCUUGGAUUUUGAAUUCGAUCUCUAAAGAUAUCUCUGCUAGUAUUUUGUAUGAUGAAAGUGCAGCUGAAAUCUGGAAUGACUUAAAGGUCAGAUUCCAGCAACGAAAUGGUCCUCAUAUUUUCAAUUUGAGGAAAGAACUGAUCAACCUAAAACAAGAUUUACAAUCUGUUAGUAUAUACUAUACUAAACUCAAAACUCUUUGGGAAGAGUUAUCCACUUACAGGCCAUCUUGUACCUGUAAUAGCUGUACAUGUGGGGGAGUCAAAGCUCAUCAAGAUCAUUACAACAUGGAGUAUAUAAUGUCCUUCUUGAUGGGUCUUCAAGACUCCUACUCACACGUUCGGGGCAACAUUCUGGUCAUGGACCCCUUACCAUCUUUAAGUAGGGUUUUUAAUCUUGUCUCCCAAGAAGAAAACCAACGUGGCCAAGUGCACAUUCCCUCUCCUAUGGAACCUGUUACAAACCCUCCUAUGGCAAAGUGCACAUUCCCUCUCCUACGGAACCUGUUACAAACCCUCCUAUGGCAUUUGCUUUUUCCAACUCUUGGGCUAACAAUUAGAAACAAGAUUCUAAUGCUCCUUGGUCAUAUACUCCUCGCAAGAAUCGACCUUUUUGCACUCAUUGCAAUAUCCAUGGACACACCAUUGACAAAUGCUACAAGAAACACGGCUACCCUCCGGGCUAUAACAAACCUCGGCCUCAACACAAUUCUGCUGCAACAAACCAACUCAAUACCAAUGAUGUUGCUGCUCCUGCUCAAACCGGUUACACCAGCACUACUUUCUUACCUCAACUCAAUGCUACUCAAUAUCAACAACUUCUUAAUCUCCUUGCUACUCCACAAACCGGUAUAACACCUUCUAACACUACUACUUCAACAGAUACAUCAGGACAUUCAAACCAGGAAAACGAUUGGCAAGGGUAACACCCGACAAGGACUGUAUACUUACGAUAUGACCCUUCAACAGUCUACCAUAAACUCUGUUAGUGCUGAAAUAUGGCACAAUCG